AUGGGGCUUAUCGGCGGAGAAGGCUGCGUGGCUGCGAAGUCUCGAGAAGAACCAACCCACGCGUCCUCUCGGACGCUACCCAACGACCAGAACGAACUUUUACCCGUAAUUCCCGCGUUGAUACUCAGCCCUGCUCCGGGUCCUUCUCGUGUGCCUCUUGACGCACACGAUAAGCCUCGCCGUGUACUCAUCGCAGACUGGAAUUCGACUCUUAUAUCCGUGUCUAUGCACGGCUUCGUCGAGAGCCUGGAUAUGCCUAGCCUUGUAUCGCGGCAUAACCUUUGUAGACCGACUGCCCCAGCCCAAGAGUCUGUCGAUGAUGCGUGUAUACUUCACACGGGUGACUCGUCAGUCGUUGUUCUGGCGCACGCACGCGAAGAGAAGCAAAUUUCGUAUUUGAUAUCUCAAACCUGCAGGGGAACCAGUCGUCGCGUUGUCGACCGUCCUUGGAAUAAGACCAAGAAGGGGGGGACGAGUGUCGUGUCGACAAUGAUGCAACCGUUGAUGUUUGCCAGUGGUGGCCACGACCAUGCCGUUCAUCUCUGGAAUUUAUCCGAAGAUUUGAAGAACGUCUCCUCAACACUUCUGGCAAUCAAGCACACAUCUGUAAUCCAGUCCCUUCUUCCCAUUCGCGAUACUAGUCACAAACUUAUCUCCGCUGGCGCGGAUUGCAACGUCCAUUUAUGGGACCUGUCUUCGGAACGUGUUGUGCACACAUUCAAGACAUCCAAUUCUCCCUAUCACGCACAUAAGACGGAAUCCCCCUUCUGCACUUUGCUUGAGGUUGGUCACCGAGAUCUGCAGUUUGAGCUUCGUGAUCAUCGUAUGGUUCCGGAGCACCCGGCUGAACGCUUUGGCUUUUACACGACUGAGCUGCAUGGUCGUUUCAUUAAAGGGGACACCUGGUCUCACUUCUUCGCCUCGGGAAGCCGGAAUGGUUGUGUGCGCCUCUGGGACUUGCGCAAUGUUCGGAAACAACCUGCAUUUGUCUCGUGUUUUAGCAACGAUCAGGUGGUACAGGUGCUGAAGACAGAGUCCGAUCUAUUGGCUUUUUCGAAGCGUGGUGAUGUGAUGAAAUUGACUCGAUCGCACAUGAACGCAUAA